GCGAGGACAGCAGACAGGAUUCCAGCGCCUAAAGGACCCCCAAAUCGGAGUUCUUUUUUUCGGUUUCGUCUAGGAAACUUGUUUAUUUUAUAUACAAAUAUAGAAUAUAUAAUAAUUUUAACAACUAAAGUGUUACUUUAGUUUUUUUUUCCUACAAAGAAAACUCAACCAAGACGGAGACGAACGAGGACGACGGACGCAGACCCUCCCUCACCUCCGCAAUCAUGAUGUCGAUGAACAGCAAGCAGCCCUUCAGCAUGCAUCCCAUCCUGCAUGAGCCCAAAUACACCCCCCUGCACUCCAGCUCGGAGGCUAUCCGUAGGGCCUGUCUGCCCACACCAUCGCUCCAAGGGAACAUCUUCGCCGGCUUCGACGAGACUCUGCUCCAGAGAGCCGAGGCCUUAGCCGCCGUGGACAUCGUGGCCCAGAAGAGCCACCCCUUCAAGCCGGACGCCACAUACCACACCAUGACCACCAUGACCAGCAUGACGUGCACGCCCACCUCCUCCUCCGCUCACCUGCACCAUCCGUCGGUUCUCACCUCGCACCACCACCCUGCCCACCACCAGCCGUCCCAGGGCUUGGAGGGCGAUCUGCUGGAGCACCUCACCCCGGGGAUCUCCCUCGGAGGCAUGCCCGGCUCGGACGUGUGCUCCACGGCGUCUCACACCGCAGCCCACGCGGCCCACAUGAGCGCCAUCAACCACAUGCAGCACCACCAUCACCACCACGCUCAGUCCAUGAACAUGCACCCGCACGGCCUCGCCUCUCACGGCGCACUCGGGGGCGGAGGAGGCGGCGGCGGAGCCGGUGGGGACGCGGAGCCGGACCCCCGGGAGCUGGAGUCGUUCGCGGAGCGCUUCAAGCAGAGGCGCAUCAAGCUCGGCGUCACGCAGGCGGACGUGGGCGCGGCGCUAGCCAACCUAAAGAUCCCCGGCGUGGGCUGCCUGAGCCAGAGCACCAUCUGCAGAUUCGAGUCCCUGACGCUGUCGCAUAACAACAUGGUGGCGCUCAAGCCCAUCCUGGAGGCCUGGCUUGAGGAGGCCGAGCGAGCCCAGAGAGAGAAGAUGGCCAAGCCGGAGAUCUUCAACGGCGGGGACAAGAAGAGGAAACGCACCUCUAUCGCCGCCCCGGAGAAGCGCUCCUUGGAAGCCUACUUCGCCGUGCAGCCUCGGCCUUCUUCGGAGAAGAUCGCCGCUAUCGCCGAGAAGCUGGACCUUAAAAAGAACGUGGUCCGGGUCUGGUUCUGCAACCAGAGGCAGAAACAGAAACGCAUGAAGUUCUCAGCUACGCACUAAAACAUUUUUUAUUACAAAGAGACAAAUCAUGAACUGGCUGCUAACUUUUAAAAAGGUGCAUGUUUGUGCCUCUGGAGGUGCUGCACUUCUUAUCUUAACAAGCCAUUUAAUUACCUGUUUCCUUAUUUAUUUGACUAUUUCACCUUCCAAGCUAUAGGAGAUUAAAUGUCUUGUUAAGAUGACUCGGUGUUUUGCACAAAAAAAGGAGCCUGGCAGCCUUUUUAAAAACAUUUGAUGGGCAAAAAGUGGACACGGAGGACACUUUUGGACUUCAAAGUUGGAUUCAUUCAACAAGAAAAAGAGUUGGAAGCAAACCGUGAAGGCACCAUUGCUCGGACUUCUUCAUUCCUAAGGCAAUUAUUGUACAAAUAAAUGAGAAUAAUAACAAUGGGUAUGGAGGAAUAUCAUUCUCCUUUUAGUUAGGAAAUAUCUUUUUUAUAUUUAUCAUUGUACAUACGUGUGAAUAGGUUGCACCGAUACUGUGUCAUUUGUUUUUUUUUUGUUUAUUUAUUUUUUUUGCUUGUCGUUUUUCAUUUUUAGAGUACGGGAGGGAUGGGGAUGAACCGUUGAAAAAUAAAAAAAAAUAACAAUAAACCACAUGCAUGGUUUGAAAAGAAACGAGGGUGGGUGAGUUUAGGAAAUUCCUAGUGCAAGUAAAUGCAUCGCAAUAAGAAGAAGCUGAAACACACAAAGGCACUAAUUCUUAUUACACACACACAUUCACACAGCAGUGUUGUAGCUGUGUGUCUACCUCAUUACGACACGAGUGUUUCAUGGUGAUUUAAAGACACACACCUUCACUAAAGUACCAAGAACCGAUUUUGGGCUUUUUGUUGUUGUUUUUUUAUUUUAUUUUAUUUAUUUUUUGGUUGCACUGGUUUUUGAUGGUGAAUUUAAUAUAGAAGACUCACUGACGUGUAAAGCUGUUGUAUGUUCACCACAAAAUGAUGCUUUGACAAUCAAUUAUUUAUUUGAUUUAUUUAUGAUUGCUAUAAAUCAAACCAAUUUGUUUGCAUAUAAUUAUUUAUUUUCACAUUCAUGGACUGCACUUUGUAGAUAAACUGAAGGGGAGUAAUAUUUGGCUUUAUUUAUUUACACACACACACACAUACACACACACAAUAUUAUUUUCCCCCUCAUGCUUGUAUUUAUUUAUUUUUUUUACAUUUUUUGUUGUCAUCUAUUUCAUUUGUGAAAGUGUGUUUUCAAUGUGUCUGUGUACAUGACAGAAGCUGAAAUAAACCGUGCACGUUUUACUUCA